UUUUUUACCUCUCUUUUUCUACUUUUCUAUUUGCCUAUUUUCGUAAGCAAAAAUAUACAACAUCACAGCUAUUUUCGGCACAAAACACACAUUUCUAUUCUAAAACUGUGUUCUUUGCGUUUUCCCGCGCCUUUCUCUCCUUUCACCAAUUCUUUUUCAAAUCCCCAUUUCAACAUGCUCCCACGCGCAUUCCUUUCCCUUUUUUUAGUCCACUUUUGCACUGCUAAAAAAGAAACAACACAAAAUAGAAACGGGAGCGGAAAUAACAUUGUGAAGGCAUUUUUACAAGAGAAAAUAAAUAUAUUAAAUAAAGCUGACGCAGGACUGUCAAACAAAAAUGAGAGAGUUUAUUUUUUAUGUUUUUUUAAGAGCAAAGUUGAGGAUUUGCAAAAAUAUAUUUUUAAGAAAAGGCCAAAGGAUUGUUCUUAAUAGAAAAAAUGUAACGAAAAAUACAAAUAUAUUUUUAGAAAAUAAAGAGAGAACCUUUGGCCUAAAACUUUUUUUGGACAUAGCCAAUUCCUUAUUUUUAGCUUUUUGAGGGAAGUUGCGUCGUCCUUUUCCGCUUGGAUGUCCCCUUUUUUCUAAUUUUGGCAUUCUCUAAAAUUGUUUUCUGUCAUGCCAUUUUUGGCAAAAAUUUAUUUAAAAACGGUCCUUGUUCAUUCAAUUGGCCUUGUCA